AACACCGGAAGCGCUAGAUAAAGCCGAGGUUGCAAAGUGCGUCACAGUGGCGAGCUGCUCAGAAUAAAAGGGAGACUGCAAUUCAGCGCCAAAACAUUCACCGGGGCGUGAAAACCAGACACACCGAGCUGUAACACGGGUCUGCGAACAUGGUGAAGAUCGCUUUUAACGCUGCCCUAGCCCAGAAGGGCCUAGGAAAAGAGGUCCCUUCCGCCGUGAAGGACCCGGAGCUGGCUGGUCCCCUGCCCCCCAGCGAGGGCUCCACAGGUCGCUGUCUUCUCACUCUGCUGGGCAUUGCCUUCAUUCUGAGCGGUCUCAUCGUUGGAGGGGCCUGCCUGUACCGCUACUUCACCCCCAAGCGGCUGUACCACGGCUCAAUGCAGUUUAAUGAUGGGUCUUCUGGAGGAGAGGCUCAGCCGUACUACCUGCCACAGGUGGAGGAGAAGAUGGAGAUCUCAGACAACAUGGCCGUCAUCAGUGUACCUCCACCACGCUUCAGACCAGGGGACCCUGCCUACAUCCUGCACGACUUCAACAGGAAGCUGACGGCCUACCUGGACCUGACCCUGCGCACCUGUUUCGUGAUUCCCCUGAACACCUCUGUCGUGCUGCCUCCUCAGGACCUCAUGGACCUCUUCUCACAGCUCAUGUCUGGGUCAUACCGCAGUUACCUGGUGCAGGAGGACCUGGUUGUGACUGAGCGCAUCGAGGACAUUAAACCUCUGGGCUUCUACAUUCGCCGCCUGUGUGAUGGGAAGGAGACGUACAGGAUGCAGCGCCGCGAUACCGUACAAGGUGGGGGCAUUGUGAAGCGCGCUGCCCAGGACUGCUUCACCAUCAGGCAUUUUGAGAACAGGUUUGUGACAGAGACCAGGAUCUGCAAGCCCUAAUGUUUUAAAGUAUUGGAGAUUAAAAAGAGGUUGAACCGGUAUAUUUGUGAAGUAGGUGAAUGAGGGUACAACCUUCAGAUGGAAACUACUUUUGUACAAAACAUUUCUGCUGCUUUAGCCUGAGUGAAGUUGUGAUUUAUGUUACAGUGUUUGAUCUCUUCUUUAUCUGCUGCUUCCACUAUAGAGAUCAUAGGUCAUUAUGCUUACAAGUAUUUCAAAUAGUCUUUAAUGCAUCCGCCAGCUCAUAUAGGUAGAGGUGAGUAUAAGUCUCCUGACAUUUGGCUUAGUUUAUUUCAAUGCUUCUCAGCUUGUUGUUUUGAUAGUGUUACUUCUUCCUAUUCACACUAUAGACAAGAUUGUACAUCCUGAGAAAUUGUUUAAACUUAAUUAUCUCCCUAAAUGUGACCCUACUGUUCUUGCACUAACUCAAUGUAACCUAAAGGGGGAGUAAGUGAUCUCUUUUGGCAUAAUUAUAAUCAGAUUCUUUAUUAGUACUUUUAAGUGUUGGCAGUUGACUUGUUUAUAUACACGUUCAUAUGGGAUAUGCCCAUAAUUCUAGUUUUGUUCCAACUGUAUCCUCUGUGAAGUGAUGCUGGUCAAGUUUCUUCCUAUUGGUCAAAGUAUCUACAAUGUAAUUUGCAGAUUUUUUUUUUUUUUUUUUAUCAGAUCCCCUUCCAUAUGCAACCUACUCCACUUAUUCAGGUUUGGAAGUGGUAAAAAGAGUACCCUGUCUUCUGAUUCAGGAUUUCAGAUAAUUUAUUUUAUUAUCUCUUAUGGCUGGUGUAGUCCUAAAAUAUUGGACUAAUUUAGUAAGUGUAACAUGGAACUUGGAAAAUCAGAUAUUUUUUUGGAAUUUAAAGUUGCACUGUGUAACUUUCAAGUGAAGGAUCCACCACAUUUUUUGUAUCCAUGGAGAUUUUAUUGUUUUUGUCUGGAAUGUCCCAUGUAUGACAUCAUUUAAUAUCUUGCAUUUAUUAAAUAGCAUGUACUUUUAACAGAACUAAAAAUGCAUUGCUGUGAGUAGGCUCACCACGCUACAGUUCUGAUCUGUAACUUAGCAUGGUGCUAUCAUCUGCUUGUCUCCCUAAAGAUGGAGAUAGUAUAAUUCCAUACAGUGAAAAUUCCUAGGCAAAGUAAUGAGAUCCAUAGAGACAAGUGGAUGCUGGACCCUCAUCUUGAAAAGUUACCCAGGCAUCUUUAACUACAGCCAUAUUGAUGUUUGAUUGACUAGGUUUUGGGGGCAUUUAUUGUACAUAUACCUAUUCAAGUGUAUACACUACAGUUUGUUAACAAUAAAAGACACUGCAUAAUUGCAUAUGCUGAAUAUAACGCCAAAUUUGCAGAAGCACUUACUUCCCCUGAUGAACAUCGUCUACAUUCUUACCAUAGAUUAUAUAUAGUCUAUAAUUCUUCUUAACCGUUAAAAGGGUCUGUCUUGGUACUGUGCACAUGGAUGUCCAAGCACAAACCACUCUCAGUCACGGUGUAGUUAUUUCCCAGAAUGCUUCUACAUCUCUGAAGUCCUGCUGUUACAUGUAAAUGAUGGUGACCAGUGUUUGUGUUCAAUGUGUAAAAACUUUAUUUGUGAAAGAGCACUUGACAAAUAGCCAUUGAAGCACAUAAGGGCAAAGAUUUUUCCUUUUUAAAUCUCUUAUUUGAAUGUGAUGUUUAUGUUGUAGAAAAUAGGUCUAAUAUUUGCUUAAUCCUUAAUAUCUGAAGAUGUAUGUUGCGGAAAAACAUGCAAUAAAUUUGCAUUAAACCCAAACAGGAUGUGUUUUAAAUUCAUAGUCCUAAGAAGCAAGUUAUUUAUCUGUAACAUAUGUUUUCUGCAUUAAAGCCACAGUAUGUAACGUUUUAGUCAAAAAUUAGACUAAAAUAAAAGCAUGUUUUUGCUAUUUGGUUGCAGACAUGCCUAUCCACAAACCUGACUCAUAUUUGGUCUGGAGCAGGCACUCCUGCUUGUUUCCAGGGAAAUGUUGUUCCUAUGGCUGUAAUCUUCCAUCAUAUGGCAUAAAACGUAUCUUUCUCUAAGAACAAUGUUUCAAAGUAAAGUAUGGUUUUAACUUUCUAUUUCCAUGGACUCAUGCAGGUGACGUGCCACCCCCUGAAAGUUGCAUACUGUACCUUUUAAAUGUCUCGUGAUCAUAAUUAGCAAAAGAGUUCUUCAAAAUGUCACCACAUUUUGUAUUUUAAGCCAUGUAUACAAAAUGUAUGUAUUAAUCAAAACCUUUUGUAGGUGGUUAUUAUAAAAAAGUAAAAUAAAGUGACUUAUUAAAAGCAUAGUUUUGUACAUAGUUACUGUUUUACUUACUGAUGUCAGUGGUGCAGAUAGUGGCUCAGUUCUAAGUCUAAAGCUCAGUAUGCAGAAAGUACAACAAAAUACAUGCAUAAAAUAAAUAUAUUCACAUAUUAUUUUCACAUACACCAGUCAGACAAAACAUUAUGACCACUGAGAAUAAAAUCAUUUGGUCUCAAAAAUAAGGUUGGCUUUGAGUUUCACAAACAACAGACUAAGUGCUGCAAUCAAGUAUUUAAAGGUGCACUAGCUAAGAUUUAUAGUGGAAGGUCUGCCAUCUGCUUGUUGUCAUGGUGAUGGUGUUAUAUCUUUGCCUAGAAUGUUCCACACUAAACCUUUCCAUGUAAGCCGAUCUCCAUGGAGAUUAUGUCAAAAUAUCAGAGGUGGAGUAGUUUGUAUGUUUGUUUGUUUAUUAUUUUUAUUUUAUUUUUUACUGUUUAAAUUAUCUAUUACUAUCGAGUGAGAAUGACCUAAGCCAGGCAUGCCCAAACUGUGGCUCAGGGGCCAAAUGCGGCCCUCACACCAAUUUUUCUUGGCCCUCAAGCUUCCAGGUGAAUUGGCCCAUAUUACCUUAAACAGUACUUUUUACUGUACAUUUCUGAAAAUCUAUUUACUGCCCAUCUCAAAUAAUUUAUGUGGCCCAUUGAGGAUGUAAGCUUGAAUAAAGGUCUAGUGAUUCAGUCUAACUUAUUCCUCCCCGAGUCUGCACUCUUUGGUCCGCUACACCCACCGUUACGACAGGCCCUUAAUGAGAAAAAUGUUUGGACACCCCUGGCCUAAGCAGAGAGCACAGACUGUAAGCAUGCAUAGACAUGCUACAUACAGCAUAUAGAUCAUAUCCAUCCAAUGUGAUCUUGUGUAAAUCUUGGGUCUGAAUUUGAGGAACACACAUUGUGUACCACAAAGGCCAGUAUGAUCUAUUUGCUCAUCUGACAUCUCUGUUUUCUUCAGCAUAGAGACUUUGUUAAAACACAGUCAUGGCGGACUCCCCAUGAGAAAAGUUACACAUUAGUAUUCAAAGAAUCAGGUACUUUGACAUGAAUAGGGGAAGUGAGUUCCAGAUUGCUUUCAGAAAGAUAAGAGGGGUUUGGUCACCAUGCUAGCAGCCUAUAGAGCAGCUGGUCACAAUGUCCUGCCUGAAAAGUGUUAUCUCAAGUCUUAGUGGUUUUAUCCAAAUAUAACUUAUUCAAUUAUAAUUCAUUAUACUUCAUCAGCUCGUUUCUGUAGUAUCGCCUGUUUGCAUGUCUUCCCCUGUUAUGCAUGACAUUCUCCUACUGAAAGUCAAUCCAUCUGGGAUUUCAUGUUUACUUAACCUCCUCCAAAACUCAUCUGUCAUGAAGUAGUACAUAAGAGGAUCAAGGCCACAGUUCAGACUGGCCAGGCACAGAGUAAUGGGAUGGCAACGUAAUACAAAAUCUCUGAGCGCGCAGUUUUUUAAAGAGUUUGAUUUCACCAAAAAGUCUAAAGGCAUUGUGAUAUGGUAUGGGACAAAACAGAUCAAGAAUACACCUGCACAACUAAGGACCAUUCUUAGUGCUCUUCGUUUCUCUCCACGGUCUGGGAUGGCUUCUGAUGCUGGAUGUCGCAAACUCCAAGCUGUUAAACAAGUGCAACAGAUCACUAGAACUAAAGGUAUUACAAAUCCAAUGAGUUCUGCGAUGAUCAACAGUGCCCAAGCACCAGGUGGGCUAAGGUUUCUCAUUGGAAGCUCCGCAAAACAAACAAUGUUGAAUUUAUGGCUGUCUUUAAAAUGGUCAAGUCCAUUGCUGAUAGAGUUUUGACUGUCUUGUGCGGAGGGGCUUCGGAGCAAGGGGAAGAGGAGGCAGGCCAUGCAAACGAAGAACCAUCCCAAAGCACAAAUGAGUAUGUCCCAUUUGCGACGUGCCGCGUUAUACCGUAGGGGGCGCAUGAUGAGUUCACACCUCCGCACGCUUACACAAACCAGGAAGAAGAUGGAGGCGUACAUGUUGACGUAUUUGAGAUAGAAGCAGAUCAUGCAGAGGUGGUGUCCAAAGGGCCAGCUGUUGUUCAGGUAAUAGUAGAUCCGCAAUGGGAGAGACAGCACCUGAAAGCAGCACAGACAAGUGUUUUGUAACUUUUUAGGCCUAUAUCAAACAAAAAAUCACUUGCAUAAUAUCAUAAGUAAUAUUUUGACAUAAAGUAACACCGUGUAACUUUUUGGAGGUGGCAUGGUUGCAUGAUGCCAUGGAAAUUUAAAACUAUACUUCAAAACAUUCUCUAUGGAGGUUUGUUUGAUGCUAUACUGUGGAAGAUUAUAGUGACAGAGACAUGGAGGAAAAGGCCCUCCUCCAGGUCAAAUCAGAUUUGCCUAUGUUUUUCAGUGCAAUAAAAA